AUGAAGCCCGUCCGCGUAUGGAUUACCCGUAGGUUGGGCCCGCCCGUAACAUCUUACGCCGCUGAUCACGUCGAGCCCCGGGCCCGAACCCCUGGAAGGUUUGACGAUGUCAAGAAGAAGCCCUUUACCCACAUCAACCCCAACGGCCGUACGCCAGCCAUCGAGGACCCGAAUACGGGCCUCACUCUCUGGGAGUCGGGCGCCAUCAUCCAGUACCUGAUUGAGAAGUACGACAUCGACAAAACUCUCACUUACGACACGUUCGCAGAGAAACAACACCUCAACCAAUGGCUUCAGUUCCAGAUGAGCGGCCAGGGCCCUUAUUACGGCGUCGCGGCGUGGUUUAAUGUCUUACACCAAGAAAAGAUCCCGUCGGCUAUUGAGCGGUACAAUGACCAGCUAAGGCGCGUCCUCGGCGUCCUUAACCAGUGGUUGGAAGGCCGUCAGUGGCUGGUUGGCGACAAGAUCACAUAUGCGGAUUUGGCUUUUGCACCGUGGAACGAUCGCGUUGAUUCCGCAUGGCAUGAACGCAUGACCGUGCGCCCGGCGUGGCAGAGGGCCAUGAAGCGCCGUAGCGUGCUCAUGGGUGAGCAAGGCUUGCAGAAUGACACCGGCCGGCCGGCUCGUUUCAAGUCGCACCAGGAAUACGAGGAAGCCAUUGCGAGGGGCGAGAACACGGACGCGUAA